AUGGAAAGCCCUGAGAGCUCUCAAGCUACAUUCCAAAAGUUGAAGGUGGACUGUGUGCCUCUCCUAGGCAACUCCUUGCUAACGCCAAAAUCCAUACCGCUGGUGUCAAAACUUCUGUCGAAUAUCACUGCCACUUUGCGCGAGACGAGGAGUUCGGGACAUGCGCUCACCCCCUCACUUAUUUCCUACGUGUUCUUUCCGAUCUCCUCAAUUCUUCGCCGCAACUCAGUAUCCACAGUACCCAAUCAAACACUAGAGAAGGUUAUGGUGAUUCUCAGCAUCUUGUGCGAAGAUUGGUGGUGGGACUUCGACGGGAAAACAUGGGAACAAAUUUUCAUGUUAUGUGGCUCUAUCAUCGGCGAUUUGGGCGACACAGGAACCGUCAAGACCAGAGAUGAUGAAACGAAAGACGCAGCAGCACUUUGUUUGUGGUCCUUGGUGCGAGAGCGAAACCCAGGCGAUGAUCCAUCCGGUUCAACUCAUACCCAGCGUGCAGAGCGACAGUGCUCCAGGUUCCAAACUUACGCACAGACAUUAACCUUCAUUCCCAUACUGGGCCAGACGGUCAACUCCCUGCUGGGGACAGCUGCUUCUAAGCAUCUACCGUUACAGAGGUCAUCCCUCAGGCUGCUUCACGUAUUGGUCAGGGACUAUCUUCCAGAUAACUUUGUCCCUUCCAUAAUGCCGGGAAUUGUCAGCGCAAUGGAUAAGAUUGCUUUGAACACCGGAGGCUCGAAGGGAUGGGCAAGGGGCGAAAUCGUAUCAGGAGCCCUGACGGUAAUGCAGGAAACGAUUAUCAGGUCGAUUGGAGAUGAAAUCUGUGUCAAGCAAGGUGCAGUUGCAGCGGUUGACGACCUGGAAGAUCUCGCCGAACUCCUAGCUGAGUCGAAGUCUCAGCCGGAAACCACCCCUCCGUCGCCAUAUUUGACGCCUCGCACGCCCGCUUGGGUCCGUGGAACGGCCUCUCAGUUGCAUAUCGCAAUCAAUUCCCUUACGCCCUUGGUCAAUCACCCCACAUCCUCGGCUCUUCUUGCCCUUUCCAUGUUCUCAGCAGUGGUUGUCUCAGGCACCAGUCUGACAGUACCCCAAUCGCAGCCUCUCUUGAUGUCUUUCCUACUCUCUCUAUCAGGUUCUAUAUUCGAGAGUGUCUCGCGUCGGGCGGAUGCAGAGCUGAGAGAAGUAUUAACACCCCCUUCAAGUGUUAGACAUUCUCUGCUUCAGGUUCUUGUACAGCUCUCCAAAGACAACUUGGCUGCUCUUCCCCGCCUUAUUCCAUCCCACUCAGACGACAAGGUUGAGCACGUCGCGAAUCUUAUUGAAGGUGUCUGUCGCCUCGCCAUCUCGCAGGACUCGACGGAUGUACAAGGGAUCAUAUCGAUUUCAGUUGGCGUCGGUAAGCUCCUCGGACCCAAUGGAGGAAUAGAGAAAUGGGGCUGGAGCUUAUUGUCGGUGUCGGAAUUUGCUACCAUGUCUGUUGCAGAGACACGAAAUACCGCUGUUCUCAUGCUCGAAAGCAGUUCCAUGGCAGUCGAAUGGAUACCUUUUCCGGAGCUUGUGUUUAAACACAUAACAUCUCGCACCACAUACUCUGCGCUGGAGCGCAUGUUUCGCUCCUUAGGACGUGCUGCAGGGGAAGACUGCUUGUUCACAGUGGAAUGGUUUAUGAGUGUAGGGGAAAGUGGAACAGACCAAAGAGCCGUUGCAGCUCUAUGGUGUACCUGCCGACUUCUAGAAGGUGCGGCCGAAGUGUCUCUUGAUCCCAACCACUCCGGGAGCUCCAGGGUGAUAAAGAGAAGCAGGAGGUUUGAGAGGCUCGCCCGCGGAAUUGCUCGGAGAGUGGCCGACCUUUGGAUGGACAUAGAUGAAGAUCAUCAAAGUGACGAGGGUGAGGAUGAUAUGAAAACAGCCGUCGACGAGCCAAUUCUUGUCGAACAUGUGAAGGGCCUUGUUCCAAUUCGCGCUACUGUCGACUUCCGGCCUACCCCGAAAUCAAGGUCUUCACCAUCUACCCCGCAACCUCAUUUACACAAGUGUCUCUGCCUCCAGCUAUUAUCGGUCACUGCCGGAAUCCUCGAAGCUCGAUUUUCACCGCUGCUACUUCAUACGCUCUAUCCCAUACUAAACGCUAUCGUGUCAGAGUCUCCACUGGUUUCCACCUCUGGAUUGGCUGCUCUGUAUUCGAUCACAAGUAGCGCAUCAUAUGCCUCACCUGCAAACUUACUUCUGUCCAACUUUGACUACGUCUUGGAUGCUGUCUCGCGCCACCUAAGCCGCCGAUGGCUUGAUGUUGAUGCCACGAAAGUUUUGGUCAUCCUUGUGCGCCAGGUCGGUCGUGAUGUCGUGCAAAAGGCCGGAGACGUAGUCGAAGAGUGUUUUGAUCGUCUGGAUGAAUUUCAUGGAUAUGAGGUUAUCGUUGAUGGCCUCGUGGAAGUGUUGGGUGAAGUCGUGAAGGUGAUAGAAGACGAUAGCGAGGUCCAUCUUACCAGAGAUGCCCGUACAGCCCCGACGGCUCAAUCGACGAGGGCUGGGAACGCCAUGGAUGUGUUCUUGCACUGGUACGUGCAUCGGCAAGAUGCCCCGCAAGAGACCACAGAAGGCAUGCGAGACAGCUCCUACCCAAGAGAGGCAUGGGAUUCUAACAAUGUCACCGAACCGGAACAAACUACCCAGGAACAGAAUCAUCAUAUCGACAGCGAACCACCUCCAACGCCCGCGCAAGCGCUAACAAGACAAAUUGUAUCAAGGUCCAUAUACUUCCUCACUCACAGCUCUCCUGUGAUCCGUGCUCGUAUUCUGUUGCUGCUCAGUUCUGCAGUCCCCGUGCUACCCGAGUCGGCGCUGCUUCCUUCAAUCCAUAAUGCUUGGCCUUUCAUCUUGAACAGGUUUACUGAUCCCGAGCCAUUCGUCGUCAGCGCUGCUGCAUCAUUGGUGGAAUCUCUCGCCGCGUAUGUCGGAGAUUUUAUGUAUCGAAGAAUAUGGGACGACAUUUGGCCCCGCUUUCGCACCAUUUUGAAGAAGCUGGAAGCUGCAGAUACAACCAAUGCUCUGGCUAGACUGGGUCCUGGCGCGGUUGGAACAGAGUCGGCAUACACUUAUUCGCACCGACUAUACAGGUCCUUGUUGAAGACGAUGACAGCUGCAGCUAGGGGAGUUCAGGGACAGGACUCUGCGAUAUGGGAAGCAUUGCUCCUGUUUCGCAGAUUUCUGCAUAGGGACGCACACGAGGAGCUACAAGCGUGUGCGAGGGAAUUGUACAUUGCCUUCGGUGCCAACAACGAAGAUGCCGUGUGGUUUGCCCUUUCUGCUACGCAAGGUCAAUUAGCAGGCGUCACAUUCUUGGAGGAAGCGAAGUGGGACAUUAGUCAAAAUGCGACAUUGAUAUUGCUCAGACUCGGGAUGCGAAAGUCCUCGGGAGAGCAAAUACUAACUCCAGGUUAA